UUAUCGUAAAAUAUCUGCUUAUCAUCAGCGGUGAUGACCAACUGUCCGCCACCUCCGCCGCCGCUGCCGAUGACGACCGCAAAAGUCAUGCCCUAAACAAAUGGACAACAAUUAUGUCAGAAAAACUUAGGAUCCGGUUUGACGACUAUUUGAUGACCAGUUUGGAUGGUCUGCUGCAGAGGUUUGUCUAUACCAGUAGUAGUAGUAGUAGUAGACCUAUUGAUGGUGAUGUCGAUGAACACAAUAAUUGUUGCGGCAAUCGGCUGUCCAUCGACAACGAGACCGAAACCAUAGGCCAAUUGAUUACCGAUGAAUAUGUAGACUUCUGGUACGAUCUGAUUGGUAGCGAUAAUCGUGAUUUUGUCGGCGAUUUGCAGCAUAUAUUGCAAUUGAUUUUUACCGAUCUGUACGACAAAUGUCUCAAACGUAUCGACAAACAACUGUUUCUCCAGAAGACACUUGUCUUAGUCAAGAAACAUCUGAAUCAAGAAGACAACAGAAGACUUACAACCAUUGAUACGGCAAACGAUUCGCAAAGAGUCGGAAAAAUUGUUGACCGACUUCUCAAGCUUACGGCUACCGAUGAGAUUGUCUCAGUGGUCGACAAUUGUCGUCUACGCCGACAACGACGACAACAGCUAUCAUCGCAAGAAUUGUCUGUUUUUGUUAUUAUUAAACAAUUGAUAACACAUUCCGUAUUCAUUCCGAUCAUUGAUCUGAUAUCAGAUGAAAAGUUUGUUUACGAAAAUCUAUUAGUUUUGUUGCUUAAGAACACUGACCACAAACUUAUAGAUAAUUAUAAUAAUAAUAAUCAGAAGACUUUGGACACGGAUUCAAAAGUCUCUGAAAUCAUCAGUUGUAGUGUUAGUAGUAGUAGUGGUGGUGGUGUGACAACUAGUUUAUCAAUGAAAACCAUUGAUGAAACAAUUGAUAUCAUUAAAGUCGACGACAACUUAUCUAAUAUUAAACAUAUUAACAAACUUUUGAGAGUAAACUCCAAUUGUAAUCAACAAAAACAACAACAACAACAACAACGAGAAGAUGAAAGAAGAAGAGGAGGAGAUAACAAUUUGAGAUCAACUGAAGCGAAUGACUUGAGCGACAACGAGUCCAUCGGUGGCGGCGAUCUUAUGGUGGAAGCGCUAGAAGUCGAUGAAAAUGUCGAUCACGAAAAACUUAUAGCAAAUCUAGUCAUCAAAGAUAUUCAAGAAAACAAAGUCUCUAACAAUAGUUCCUAUGUUUUGUAUGGCAUUGAAUACGACGGACUGUUCCCUAAGACAGAAAUCAGCGACUGUAUCGGUGAUGAUGAUGUUGAUGGCGAUGACGACAAUGACAUCAUACGUGAAGAUCAAUACCUAAUCCAUCAGAGAGUGGUAGUCUAUCGGCGUUUCAGUGAAUUUAUAACUUUGCAAAAACUAUUGGAAAGACAGAAAUUGUUUCGACGGCUAAUGAAAGGCAUACGAAAGCCGUCGGCCAUACAGAUAACGGCCCAGAAUUUGCUAUCAUUUGCCACGGGAUCUACAAAUACCCGGUUGGAUGUGUCAACCAUUGAAUUCAGACGACAUUAUUUGCAAAACUAUUUGCAACAGCUUUGCUUACGUCAGCCAAUAGUCGAUAGCAAAGAAUUCCAACAAUUCUUGGCCUAUGGAAGUGAUGCUAAUAUUGUCUUUAUUGGCCACAAAUCAUCCGAUCGACUGUUGCCUAACAUUGAUAGAGCACUGUAUAGGGGUGUCAAAGGAGCCAUCAGUUCAAUCAUGAAGAAUGCACUGCCAAUUGAAGCACAAGUCGGUCGAAUUGAUCCGACAUUUGGCGAACGGCAGGUAUCGGACGUUGAAAAAGUUGGAUCAAUUAGAUCCAUACAGACAGCUGUCGAGUCCAAUAAUUUGAUGCAUUUGGAAACAAAACUGGAUAUUAUUUGGCAACAAACUAAUUGUGAUAAUACUUUGAUAGACGACAUCAUCACCGGUGAUGAUGACUACGAUAAUGAUAACAACACAAUCAUUGAUGAUUUAUUAGCUGUCAAUUCACCAGCAAUUCUUGGUCCCCGUUCUCUGGGCGAUGGAUGCGAAGAUCCAACUAUUAAUGAAUGGCAAACCACUACUACUACUACUACUACUACUACUAGUCAAGAGUCGGCGGCGGAUCUGAUCCAAUGUUUACAGCAAUCAAAAAAUCUAAAUCAAUUGAUGUCAUCUUCAUCUUCAUUAUCAUCAUCUAGUCUUCUGCUAAUUGAUUGUUUCAUUCAAUCUCUAACAAACAGAUUACGAAUAUUUUAUUUAAUAUUAUUGUCAAAACUUAUUGAAUUACUAUUUGGAUCGACAAUUGAAAAACUUAUUAGCGAACUAUUAGUUAAUGUCGUAACAAAUGAUAUGUUUAUCAAACAAAUACAUUCAUUACAUCUGUCUGUUUGGCCAAACAAUAGUAGUCGACAGCAGAGGAAUAAAGUCAACAACCAAUCAAUGGUUGGAUCAGUUGAUGGACAACAACAACAACAAUCUUCAGACACAUAUGUUCAGCAAACGGUUGAUAUUAUUUAUUCACAGAUCAGACAACAGACUACUACUACCAGUCCCUGUGUGUCAUAUAUUUUAGAUAUACUAUCAGUAAAACAAUUUCUAUACAAUUGUUUGUCAAAACUAUCCAAUAGUUAUUCAAACAAACUGUUUGUCUAUAAUUUUAUUGAAUUACUAGUUAAUGAAAUUGAUGAUCAAUUUUAA